GGUCAAUGCAGUUGUCUCUGUACGGCUUGCGCGAUUAAAUAUAGCGGAUCCCUAAGCCUUUGCACGAGUGCCUUCUUUGAAUCUUCCCCACUGGUGUACUCAAUCUCCACAACACCAAGGACAACUACUCGUUCUUUGUCCUCCAACAUGGUUUCAUGGAAUGUAACAAGCUGCUUCCAAUCGAAGUCCAAGCUCAAGCCAUCAGGACGAGCACGAAUAAAAAUCCACGUAUCCGACUCAUGGAGGAAUGCAAUAUUGUCAGUCGACAACACAGCGAACGAAAACGUAAUCUCACGCCGCCUUGUCAUCGAGGUUCUAGGCACUGAGAUAGCGGUCAUCGAUAAGGAGACUGCAGAGUUUGUCAGAACAAGAUUAUCAGGCGAAGAGCUGGAAGGAUACGUUGAUUUGACAUGGUGUUUUGAAGAGAAUACGUAUCGUGUGCAAAAGUUACGCUUAUACGUUACAACAGACCAUGAUCCGCCAUACGAUGUAAGACUAGGCAAGCAAGCAGCAAAAUCCUAUAAUCUAGCUUGAGCUCGCGCAGUGUUAUGUACUCGUAGUUAUUAUCUAGAGAUGGUCGGUUUGGUACCUAUAAGAGCGCGCGAACAGAGUCCCAAAUGUAGAGGCAAUGCAAUCCAUUGAUCAUGACAAGAUAAAUACAGUCAUGCUGAGUAUCAUUCAAA